GAUUCAUGAAUACUAUCUAAUUGAAUUUGGAUUAAAUGAAUUGAAUUUGUCUGGUACUUAAGUGGAUACAUUGCAUUUGAUUAGUGGAUUGGAUUUUAAAUUAACACCUCUAGGCAGUUAUCGUUUUGUUGUUUUAGAACAAAGGGUUGAUUUGGCGGUUAAAUCGUUAUUUUUUUACUCAGAAUUCUGAGUCUUUUCAUUUGCACUCAAUGUUGCUUACUAUUUCAUUUCUUAUCCUCAGCGGCAUGGGCUACGGCUCGCCGGCGGGAGCACCGGCGGGGGCACCGGCAGGCUCGCCGUUCGGGGCACCGGCAGGCUCGCCGGAAGGAGUACCAGUAUCGGCAAUGGGAUCAUCAUCGUCCAUAUCUUUGUCGCCUUCCGCGGAAGAUCAUGAAGCACCGGCCCCCGCGCCGUCGGCAUAGAGAUAAGAUGAUACACGGUCGAAAAUAUAUAAGGACGAUGUAAAAUUUAGUUUCGCCGUCGGAAUCAUCAACCAAUUGUUACGAAACGAAACAAAAUAAAAAAAAAAAAGCCAUUGAAUCGUGUGGAGUAUGGAUAUGGUUUUCAUUUGUAGCUUGAAUUCGAAAAUUAACUUUUGUUGUAAUUAUGGAUUGCAUUGGUCUACAUACAUAUGCCCUUUACGUUAUAUUUUGUGCCUUGAUAGCUCCGGUUUGUUGACAUAUAUGCUUAGAGAUAAACUAAUCUAAGGAAUGAAUCAACAAAAGAUUCAUAUUCCCUAACAAAUUAUAUAAAUAUGGAUCAAUGUGUAUGAGACUUGAGAAGGUUUAGGGUUGGAUUCCCCGACAACUACGCCCUCUAAUAAAAAAGAACGUUUGUGAUUAAACAAAGAAUGAUUGAAGUACUCGUUUAGUAAGCACAUAAUCAAGCACAUAAUGUAGAAUUCAUGUGUUUGAAGAACUUUGUGUGUGUUUGUAGGUAGGAUUUUGAGAACUCUUAUAAUAUUAGAAUCAUUGUUUGGUCUACAUAAGUUUAUGACUGUUAAUGAGCCGAGUCGAGCCGAACUUUGCCAUAGCUCGGGCUCGAGCUCGUCGCGAGCUUUAAUAUGCAAGCUCGAGCUCGACUCGUUUAUGAAAAUGAAAGCUCGAGCUCGGCUCGCCAAAUAAGUCUAACGAGCCCAAAAACGAGUUCUACACAUAAAAUGUUCAUUAUAGCUCAAGAUUUAGCUAGAACUGAGCACAAAAUUACAUUCAAACUUACAUCAAAGUAGGGGUGGCUAUACGGUCCGGUUAAAUUGGACCAAAUUGAUCCGGUCUCAGUCCGGUCUUUUCGGGAAUAUAAGGACCAAAGAUUGGAUUGGAUACACUCCGGUCUUGAUCCGGUCCGGUCCCAAUUUGAUUUUGAUUUUAGAUUGAGUUUGUGGGGAUUUGAGUGUUGGGGUCUCUUAUCCGGUCUUUAUCCGGGUUUUUUACCUCAAAUCUAAACCCGAAUAUGCGAUUGGAUUGUUUGCUAUCCGGUCCCGGUCCGGGUUAUACGGUCCGGUUUCGGGUAAAACCAAACAGUCCUGGACCAAAUUGCCAGCCCUACAUCAAAGUGUAGCAAAACAAAACACAAUAUUUAUCCAAUUUUAAUACAUAAAAUUCAUGAAUUCCAAUCCUUUCUAAUGCCAAACCGUUAAAUGAGCUUGUUCGCGAGCUUUCAAGCUAAACAUAGUAUGACUCGAGUUCGGCUCGUUUAGUUAACGAGAUUGUUCGCGAGUCGACUCGAUUAAAAUGAAUAGAGUCUCGAACGAGUUUUUCUCAAAUCGGACGCCGAGCCGUUCAUGAACUGCUUAGUUCGUUAACAACCCUUUAGUUUCAUAUGAAGAUAUGUUAGGUCGUGCAAUGAAUUGUGAAGGUUAUGUUCUGAACUUGAGAUGUGUCCAAUCUUUGUAAGAACAAUAAAAUAAUAAUCAUACAACGUUAUUUAAAAAGUGAUAUAUUUUCACCAUUGUUUAAAGCAGAAUUAUAUAUUAGCUAUUCAUUUUGCGUAUUCUGAAUAAGAUCAUUUUAUCAAAGGUAAGAUAGUCUAACGGUAAAGCUGUCGCGACAGUGAAGAUUUGGGAUUUGCAGAUCCCAGGUUCGAAUCCAAGCGAGGUCUGUUGGUGUUCCCGGAGGUACAAGGCUGCUGGGGGAGAAGUCUUGUUUGCGUCGAAUUUGAUUGCAGGUGGCCCCCAAGUUUAGUAGGACCCACUGUCACAAAGUGACACGUGGGCUGAGGUUCCUGGGUAAUAAAAAAAACAAGAUCAUUUCCAGUCGUCACUAAAGUUAAUCAAUUAAGAUUUAAUUG